UAUUUUUCAGAAAUUCUAUGUAAUUCUCAGCAUGGUGGAAGCCUUUCGCAUCCUCUCUUUGAUGACUACUGCUUCAGAAGGGGACCACCAUUUCUUCAAAAAGCAUAUAAAUGCUUUCUCAAGUUGUGUAUUGGUCAUGUAGACCUUUUCAAGCGACCUUGUGCACACUACCGUUCAGGGUGUCGCAGAUUCACACCUUUCUCCAGCCAUCAGACGCGCUAGGAACAAUGUUCGUCUCCAGUGCCAGCCGCCGCUAACUGCCCGCGUAGUUCACACAUUCCGACGUCACCUUUGAUCACAAGGAGAUGAGGGCGGAUAUAAAACCGGGGAUCAGGCGGUUGUGGUCAGUCAGAUUCUGGGAAUAGAGUAGUAAUAUGUCAGCCGUCCACGGAAAACUGAGGGUAGGAGACCUAACUCAAUUCCCGAUGUACCCCGAAGGACACAUGGAGAGGAAUAGCAUGCCGCAUUCAGAUUAUGGUGCUGCGGAUAGGGCAAACUACUUCAACUCCCCACACGCCACCUUACAGAGAGCGGACAGCAUGACCCAUCGAAGGAAGAGAACCAACUUCACCCAGCAGCAGAUUGGGGUGCUGGAGAAAGUAUACUCCGACACCAAAUACCCUGACAUAUUCCUUCGCGAGAGACUUGAGGCUCUCACCGGCCUACCAGAGUCCAGAAUUCAGGUGUGGUUCCAGAACCGACGCGCAAAAUCCCGUCGCCUGGAAGGGUCGUCCAUGUCUAUGAAGUUCAAUGGUGUUGCCGCCAGCGCCCCCGUGACCCCGUUCGCGCAACUCCAUCACCGAAUGCCCAACUUCAGACCACCACUCCACAGCCGGACGGAAGAAACGCUAGCCAAGACUACACUACCCACGAAAACUGGUAACUACGAACACUCAACUAUCCCGUAUGUUGACGAUGCAUCCAUAAAUGGGAAUACAAGAAAAAUUGAGCAAAUCGAACGAGAUGAGUUGAGCGUUGCGGUUCCGUGCAACAACGUUCAUCCGUAUCACAAGGGAAAUGGACUUUACAUCAAGUCCCAGAGCAACAUAAGCGGUAGUGAAGGUACAAAACAUGUCCUGGUUGAAUAUGACAACUUUCCCCCAAACAAGACCAUAGGUCCCGAGAUGAAAGUUGUUAUCCCUCCUAUUCCUUCACAGAACAAUUUAGGCAGGUCCUCUCCAAAGCAUAUCGCAUGCCAGGUACAGCAUCCUCAGGUUAAGACCAGACCUGAUAACUUUGGCCACUUCUCUCCCAUUCGUGCCAGCAAGGCUCAAGAGUUUUCUGAUUCGGAUUCAGAGUGGGAAAACGGUGCCAUGUCUGGCUUUGGUGACUUCAUGUGAAUUUUCUGUCAAUGUGAAAUUGACUGAUGGGUUCAUCACUUCAAAAUUAACAGAUGUAAGUUUGUUAUAAAGAUACUUAUUUAUUGUAUAUUAUUUUGAUUGUCUUCGUUUUCAAACAGGCUACCAAAUAAAAUAUAUUUAAUCUAC